UACAUACAUAGCCAUUCAAAUCCCAGUUCUAUAUAAGCCAAAUCCUCCCACCAUUUUACUCCCAAUCAACGAAUCAAAGAGGAAAAGAAAAACAAAAAGAAAUGGGAGAGCAAAAGGUGGAAGAAGCAGUUGCAGCAGCUAAAAAUGAAGUUGAGAAGAAAUCGGGGGCUGCUGUAGCUCCAGCUCCAGCUCCGGCGGCGGUUCCGGCAGUCGCGGAGGGUGGAGUGAAGAAAGAAGACGGCGGAGCUAUCACCGCCGUAUACAAAAUCGACAUGCAUUGCGAAGGGUGUGCAAAGAAGAUUAAACGAGCUGUCCGACAUGUCAAAGAUGUGGAGAGUGUUAAGACGGAUUGUGCGGCGAAUAAGUUAACUGUGAUUGGGAAAAUGGAUGUCGUUGCGGUGAAAGAGAAAUUGGAGCUUAAAACCAAGAAGAAAGUGGAGCUUAUUUCCCCUCAGCCGAAAAAAGACGGCGGCGCUGUUGCCGCCCCGGCGGAGAAGAAGGCCGAUGAGAAGAAACCGGAAGAGAAGAAAGCCCCUGAAGAAAAACCCAAGGAGAGCACUGUCGUUUUGAAAAUCCGGCUGCAUUGUGAAGGUUGCAUACAAAAAAUCCGCAAAAUCAUCUUGAAAAUCAACGGGGUUCAAUCGGUGGCUUUGGACGGAGCCAAGGAUUUGGUCACCGUGAAAGGAACAAUGGAUGUGAAGCAACUCGAGCCGUAUCUCAAAGACAAACUCAAAAGAAACGUCGAGAUUAUCCCACCGAAGAAGGAAGAACCCGCCGGUGAAAAGAAAAAAGAAGAAUCCCCUGCACCUGCCGCUGAGGUUGCUGUCCCCGUCGCCGUUGAAGCUGGUGGCGGUGAGAAGAAGAAGGAAGAAGCUGGUGGUGGUGGUGAGAAAAAGGAAAAGGAAGGCGGCGGUGAGAAGAAGGAAGGCGGUGGUGAAAAAAAAGAGGCGGUGGAAUCGAAACCUGCACCACCGCCCGCUGCCGCCGAGGGUGGCGGUGCUAUGCCGGUGGAUGUAAUGAACAAGUUAGAGUAUUACGGCGGAUAUCCCUACCAACCACUAUACUACGAGGCGCCGAUGCAGUACCACCAUAGCUACUCAAUGGAAGCAAACCCGAGUUACUAUACCCCAAACUAUGGUUACGCUAACCAUGGUUACACAGACCAUAGAUACGACGUCGUUCCAAUGGACCACCACUUCCCUCACCACAUGCAACAGGAUCAGCCGCAGAUGUUCAGCGAUGAGAAUCCCAACGCUUGUUCCGUCAUGUAAGAUUCCAAUCAACGGCUGAGAUUCAUCCGAGAAAAAAAAAUCCAUGAAUCUGUAAAUAUCGACACAUGUAAAAAUCAAGAUGUGCUCGCCAUAAAAGAGAAGAAAUUGGAAAAAUGGAUUUUUGAGGUCCGGUCCGGUCCGGUUCGGUUCGGUUUAACCAGUUUUAGUUUGUGUUGGUUGGUUGGUUGGUUGGGUGGUUCGUCUUUUUCGUUGUAUCUUGUCAACCUCAAGAAUUUUUGGCGUUAAUUAGAUGAAUAUUUCAGUUUAA